AGAAAAUAAAAUUUCGAAUGUUUACCUUGAUCUUUAAUGCUGUUACUCAUUGGUUUUGUUUUUGUGCUGUGUUUUACCAGCAUUUUAAUUCAGGCUAUGGUUUGGUAUCGGCAGACACGCUUCUGCUCGCGGCGUGUACCAAAACUUGUGGUCUUCAAGCAUGGCGAAUGUAAUGUGGUUCAGGGCAAUGUGGCCAAAAGACGUCGUCGCUAUCUACAGGAUAUCUUUACCACUCUGGUGGAUGCACAGUGGCGCUGGACGCUGCUGGUAUUUGCCGCCAGUUUUGUCAUCUCAUGGGCAUUUUUUGCAUUCAUCUGGUGGAUCAUUGCGUAUGCCCACAAUGAUUUGGAAUACAUUAAUCUGAGCGAAACCCAGCCGGAACUGGUGGCCAAUAUGACGCAUACGGUAUGUGUGACCCAGGUGAAGAGCAUGAUGACGGCUUUCCUCUACUCGAUUGAGACGCAGACAACAAUUGGCUAUGGCAAUCGUUAUGUGACCGAAGAGUGUCCCGAGGCCAUAUUUACCAUGUGCAUACAGUGCAUCACUGGCGUCUUUAUUCAAGCAUUUAUGGUGGGCAUUGUGUUUGCCAAGUUAUCGCGUCCCAAAAAGCGUGCCCAGACGUUGCUCUUCUCGAGAAAUUCGGUAAUCUGCCAUCGGGAUGGCAUGCCAUGUCUGAUGUUCCGAGUCGGUGAUAUGCGCAAGUCGCACAUCAUUGAGGCCCAUAUCCGUGCCCAGAUUAUCCGCAAGAAGGUGACCAAAGAAGGUGAGGUGUUGCCCUUCUAUCAACAGGAGUUGCAUGUGGUUGCUGAUGGCGGUGAGGAUCGCUUAAUGUUUAUCUGGCCCACGACUAUAGUGCAUAAAAUUGAUCGAAAUAGUCCACUAUAUAUGCUCUCCGCCACGGAUAUGCUCAAGGAACGCUUCGAAGUGGUCGUUAUGUUGGAGGGUGUUAUCGAGUCCACUGGCAUGACAACGCAGGCUCGUACCAGUUAUUUGCCAUCGGAGAUACUGUGGGGCCAUCGUUUCGUCAAUGUGGUGUCGUUUCGCAAGGAAACUGGUGAAUACGAGGUGGACUACACGCUCUUUAACAACACGUACGAUGUGGAUACACCUCUCUGCAGUGCCAAGCAGUUGGAUGAUCUAAAGUUGGAGUACACAAAAAGUCCAAAAGGCAGUCUAGCUCCCUUUCCAGAUCGUACACUCUCGGCCAGCAUGUUCCAGCACAUUGCAUCGGCCGCUUCGGUUGAUCAUUUGGAUCCGGCCAGUGAUGAAUCGCUGGACUCGGGUCGUCUGCAAAUCCGCUCCCAUUCUAUACCCAACGGCGUGCUGGCCAGCGAACUGGAGCCGUUGAAUAACAACACCAAGCAUCCUGGGGCAUCCUUUACGAUGGGUGGCCUGACUAUUACAACUGCGCCCAGCAUACCAAACCUGACAAGUAUUAACGAGAGAACCAAUUCUGGUAAUUCCAUAAAUAGCAGUGACUACAACAGCAACAACAAUAGCCUCAGCACACUGGCCAUUGCCGGCGCUAGUGGUGGUGGUGCCAGUGGUGCAGGUGGUGGCAUAGCCAUUGUACCCAGUUCGGCCAGCAGCCGUAAGCAAAAUAAUCCACGACGUCUAAGCAUCAAGCAGGAUCAGCUGCCCAUCGAUUCCAUUUGUUGAUAUUAUUAAAUAACAAUAAUCUGAGUGAGGAAAAGUGAACCCAGGACCCCUCCCCCCGACGUGUGCCCUCUUCUCAUUUUCCCCCCACGACCAGAAACUGAUGUUGUAUUUUAUAAGUGUUAGGCUCCUAAUUUCUAAACCAAUUUCAAGUGAAUGCUGCAAAAUAAGCUAGAAAGAUUCCGAGGGAACUCAACUGUCAUAGAUCCUAGCGUGUGUGCGUAUGUGCGUGUGUGUAUGUGAUCCUUUUUAAAAUGCUGAAAUGAUUGCUAUCCCCGCUUUUUUGAUUGCAUGGAUGUGUUAAUUAAGUUAAUGAAUGAUUUUUACAUUGUUAGUUUUUAGUUGUAAUGAAUUUAUGAAAAAUAAGCCUAAAAGUUGAUAUUAUCACAAAUUAUGAUGUGAACACACACCCAAACCAACACUUACACACA